CGGAAGGACGGACUCAGAGCCCUCGCUGCUCCGCGGUUGCCCUCUAGCAGAGCAAGGGGCUGGUGGGGCUUUGGGCGGAAGAGUGCGUGGCAUCCAUAAGAUCCCAGCCUCUUGGAGCAGAGGCUCCACCUGUCAUGCAGGGGGAAGUGGCAGCCAGUUCUUCAAGUCCUGUGACAGCAUCUAUUUUGCCCCAGCAUCUGCAGCCCACAUCUGUGACAGUGUUACAGCCACUCUAUGAGAGGCAAAUCUGCACAUUACCGGGCCAUCUCAGAAUCCAGCCCUCGCUAUGGAGCAAGGAUGAUGUGAUUCACUGGUUAAGAUGGGCAGAAAAGGAAUAUUCACUCAGGGAAACAGAUGGAAGUAAAUUUGAAAUGAACGGAAAAGCUCUUUGCAUUCUCACCAAAGAAGAUUUCAGAUUCCGGGCUCCUAAUUCAGGAGAUGUUUUGUAUGAGUUACUCCAAUAUAUUAAGACCCAGAGAAGAGCACUUGUUUGUAGCCCUUUCUUUAACUCUUCCUUUAGGGAUGCAGGCCAUACACAGACCCAGAGUGCCUCAGAAGGCAUGAAGGGCAGGUUAGAAGGACACCCAGCAGAUGGCCAUCCACUGCCUACAGAACAUUUUUUUGUCACAAUGGGACAUCCAGGCAAUGCAGAACAAUCUAGAUCUCCUGUCAACACCUUCUAUGCUCCUGGAGCAAUUAAUCUUUCACACCGAGACUGUAGUACAAAUUAUGGUGCAAACGUCUGCUCUUUUCCUGUGAUAACACCAGCUCCAGUCAGUGGUAAAAUUGCAGACUGCAGGUUACUCUGGGAUUAUGUCUAUCAGCUCCUCUGUGACAGUCGAUAUGAAUCAUUUAUCAAAUGGGAAGAUAAAGAAGCCAAGGUCUUUCGGGUUGUUGACCCCAAUGGACUAGCCAGGCUCUGGGGAAAUCACAAGAACCGUAUGAACAUGACAUAUGAGAAGAUGUCAAGAGCUCUGAGACAUUACUAUAAACUCAACAUAAUAAAAAAGGAACCAGGACAGAAACUUUUAUUCAGAUUUCUGAAAAUUCCUGGAGAGAUGAAAUCUGACAAGUCCAAUAAAUUUGACCAGCUGGACAGUGAAGAGCAGGAAAGGGAGGACUGGAAAGAAGAGGGGUUGGAAAUCUCACCCUAGCCAUGCCGAGCCACAGUUGGUACCAGGAGGUUGUGUGUCGUGCAGUGAAAAGGCUUGAAAUGACAAAGUGAAGUAAAAGAUGUCUCAGGGUUUGUCUCUGUUGUAAUGCAUCCAUAGCUCAAAUGGAUAGUAGUGGUCAGAGGGUUUUCGUUGCCUUCUUUGCUGACCAGCUGCUUUGAAAGUGCUCCUAAAUUGCGAGUUCAUGUUUACACAUAAGUAGGGUAUUUUGGUCCAAAAAGGCUGUCCCUAGAAUCAGCUCCACAUUCAUACCUUGUGUUCGGGGAGUUUACACAUCUCAAAGACCAGUCUUGAUUUUAAAAAUAAUUUUUAAAAAGUCACAGCAAGUUGUACAAUUAUACAGCCACUCCCACAGACAGCUGCAAACUUUUGUGCCCAGCUGUAAUGAACAAAGGCAGCAUCAGGACUGGAAUGAAAAGACACAGGAUGGUCAAUGUAAGCAAUUGCAAAAGCCACCUAUGUGCAUUAAUUAGGCAGUCAAUCUCCACAGUGUUGUGAUGUCUGGUUAGUAUGGCACACUUUGCUCAAUAAUAGAAGCAAGAUACUGUGCAGUAAAAAUAAAUCUCCUAAGAAGUAUAUUGCAAAAGUAGAACUUGCACUUAUUUAAGUACAUGGCAUUCAGGCUGCAGUCAAAAGGAGAGAGAGAAGCCUAAUCUCAAGAGUACUUUCCUUAUCACAAGUGGCCAGAUAACCCAGCAUCAUGGGAUAACCGCCGGUGGCGGUUAGCUGGCGAACGGAAGGUCCAGCGUGUGAGAGCGAAAAGCCUAGAAAGAACUCUUCGGC